UACCAAAAAAUCCCAACAUUAAUAAUAUUUUCAAAUUAAUGCUAAGCUUUUCCCUCCUACCGAAAAUACCCUUCCCAUUCAAUCUCAGCCUUCUCUCUCUCAGUCUCGGUUUCUCUCUCUUUCAGUCUCACAAAAAUCCCCCAAAAACCAUCGAACCCCCACCUCCGUCGAGCCGUCGAGCCGCCAUCUCCGUCGAGCCGUCGAGCCCGCAUCUCCGUCGAGCUCCCACCUUCUCCGUCGAGCCCCCACCUUCUCCCAUUUCUCCGGCGAUCUCGAGCCCACUGCAAACUCCCAUUUUUCUGUCAAACCCGAGACCCACGGAGCAUAUUUCCUUCAAAGUUUAAAAAACUAAGAUGCCUAAGUUGCUUGUUCCGUUCAGUGAUCACUUUCCUGGUCGAGUGACAUAUCGGGGUAGUAGUACUUUAAAUCACAUCAAGACCAGGUUUUUGGAGCUCGGGCUGCUUGAAAGGGCUAAGGAAUCCCCUUUUAAGCAAUUCUUUUUGGCUUCGGAGUUUAAUUUCUCCGGAGUCUUGGUGCAUCAACUGUUGCUGAGGAAAAUCGCCAGCAACAACGAAGAUGAGGUGCAUUUUUUCUUGGGGUCGAAAUCUUGUAGAUUCGGCAUGGGAGAGUUUGCCCUGGUGACGGGGUUGGAUUUCAGUGCCUUCCCGUCACCAGAAGAGUUGGAAGGGCGUAAUCUCAGCGAUCGGUUGAUAAAGGAGUAUUUCAACGAUGCUGAGAAAGUAAAGCUGUCACAGGUGGACCAUGCUUUCAAGACUUGUACGGUUGUGGAAGAUGUGUACAAGCUUGGUCUAUGUCUGUUUGUUGAGGGGGUUCUGAAUGCCAUUGAGGGAAAACUGCACAUUUGGCGAGAUAUUCUAAAAAUUGUUGAGAAUGUAGAGUACUUCUUCAGCUAUCCAUGGGGGAAGUACUCUUAUAGGAGGCUAUUGCAUUCUUGUAAGAAGGACAUGGUGAAGCAAAAGGCCAACUAUGAUGCCAAGAAGGAUGCCAAGGUGCAGCAAGAGUCCAAAUACAGUAUGUAUGGUUAUGCCCCCGCCUUACAGUACUGGGCAUAUGAGGCUAUCCAACAGCUUGCGGUGGAGCUUGUUGUGAGCUCGGGAAACAUGUUCCCGAGGAUGCUUAGCUGGUCGCAUCGGAAGAACAAGGAUUUCACCAAGUCCGUCAUCGCACCGAUAUUAUUGAAGAAGAAUUUAAUUGUUCUUCCGAUGUUGAAGCCUCGGCCAGCAGAAAAAGACUAUUACUUGUCUUUGACUGAGGGAGAUCUUCCCCUUUAUCCUGGGCUUGGCCAGGAUCCCUCGGAGACUGAUGAGGAGGAGGAUGCGACUUUUGAGAAAAUGGCAGAGAAAGUUUCUCAGGCUGCCGAGGCAGCCAAGAUAUUUAUUGAUGCUGCCCCGGGGGAGGAGGUUGCAGGUCCCACCCCUCCUAUUCCCCCAGCCUCAGCCUCAGCCCCAGCCUCAACCUGUGCCCCAACAUCAGCCCCAGCCUCAGCCCCAGCAUCAACCUGUGCCCCAACAUCAGCCCCAGCCUCAGUGUCAGCCCCAACACCAACCCCACCACCAGCCUCAGCCUCAGCCCCUGAGCUGGCCGACUUGAUUGAGCGGUUGGACAGAGUCGAGGGUCGACAGGAGACCCUCUUGAAGAACCAGUCAGUGAUCUUGGACGUACUCAGUCAGAUCCUGACAUUUGUUAAGGAGAAACCGAGGGGGUCCAAUGAAGAUUCAGAGUCAGAGUCAUUGGAUCUUCCGCUAGACUAUGUUGAUGAUCCAACGACGCCCCCUACCAUCAUUGUGACACCAGAUGCUGAGACUCCGGGAGUCAUUAUUGUCAACCCUGAGGAUGUUGCUGGGGUUCAGUUUCAGAGGGCUAGACGCCAAAGACGCAAGCCAGAUUGGUUUGAGGACUAUACGGAUCCCACGAGGAAAAGACCUCGCACUGCUGCAGCUGCACCAGCAGACGAGGCUACACAAGAGGCUACACAUGUGCUGGACCCUCUCAAGAAGCCAGAUCCCAAACAGUAUAGGACAAUGUGCAAGUGGCUUCUUGGAGAUAUGCCCAACAAGACCCCGCGGGAUGUAAAGACUGGGAGUCACGGUCCAGCAUGGUUUCUGACGUUGAAGACACCCCAGUCGUGGCUCAAUGAUGGGGUAAGCAAUUUAUACCUAAUUAUGGACUAUUUUCAAUUUUACAUGUUUUAUUUUUACUGACUCGAUGUGAGCUCGAUAGGAGUUCGAUAGUAGUUCGACAUGGAUGUUAAAAUAGGGGUUGUUCUUUACUAUUUCAGAGUGGCUCGAUGUGAGCUCGAUGGAGCUCGAUAGGUAGUUCGAUAGGGAUGUUAAAAUAGAUUGUUUUUUUACUGUUUUAGAGUGGCUCGAUGUGAGCUCGAUAUUAGUUCGAUAGGGAUGUUAAAAGCUCGAUGUGAGUUCGAUAUGAGUUCGAUAGUGAAAAUUCCCUUAACAAAGUGGCUCGAUGUGAGCUCGAUGGAGCUCGAUAGGGAGUUCGAUAGGGAUGUUAAAAUAGGUUGUCUUUACUAUUUCAUGAUGGCUCGAUGUGCGCUCGAUAGGUAGUUCGAUAGGGAUGUUAAAGUAGGUUAUUUUUACUGUUUCAUACUGGCUCGAUGUGAGCUCGAUAGGAGUUCGAUAGUAGUUCGACAUGGAUGUUAAAAUAGGGGUUGUUCUUUACUGUUUCAGAGUGGCUCGAUGUGAGCUCGAUGGAGCUCGAUAGGUAGUUUGAUAGGGAUGUUAAAAUAGAUUGUUUUUUUUACUGUUUUAGAGUGGCUCGAUGUGAGCUCGAUAUUAGUUCGAUAGUAGUUCGAUAGGGAUGUUAAAAGCUCGAUGUGAGUUCGAUAUGAGCUCGAUUGAGCUCGAUAGGGAGUUCGAUAGGGAUGUUAAAAUAGGUUGUCUUUACUAUUUCAUGAUGGCUCGAUAGGUAGUUCGAUAGGGAUGUUAAAGUAGGUUAUUUUUACUGUUUCAGACUGGCUCGAUGUGAGCUCGAUAGUAGU